AUGAGGACUUGGUGUCUGUGUCAGAUUUGUACUUGCGGGCGACAUCAUUGCCCACAUGGAACCACAAGGAUUUAUGAAAAUUCUGGUGGGUCUUGUGCCACAACUGAAUAUUUGGAAAAAUAUCCUACAUACGGCAGUGUUCUUCCACCUCAGAGUCUGAAGCCCAAGGAAGAAUUUCGAGGAUAUGGUGGCAAAAUGGAAGGAAUAACAACAUUUAAGUCGGAUUAUCGUCCCUACAAAAUAGACAAACAGCCUCGCCAUGCACCAGAAGAAUAUAAACCAAAACAGGGGGUGAUUGAUCUUGGUACCACCUACAAACGGGAUUUUAAUUCUUAUAAAGUACAUCCUGUGGUGAUAGUUCGGCCUCUGGAGAGACAACAAGUUAAAAAAGGAAAGCUGGACACUGUCCCAACCUAUAAAGAUGAUUAUAGAGCUUGGGACAUUCAGAAAAGUGAACUCUACAAGCCACAACAAACUUACUAUCCCCCUACUGUGAGAUUUGGAAAUUCAACAACAUUUCAGGAUGACUAUGUCCCUCGGGAGAUAAAGCCUAGACAAAGCUGUAAACCCAGCCCAGCGGUCAAACGCUCUACCAUCCCAUUUAGCGGGAACACAAGUCAUCGCCUUGAUUAUGUGCCUCAUCGGCCAGAAUUCAAGCUGGCAAGGCCAAAAGACAGCUACAAGCCACCCGACCAACCCUUGGAGGACCUCACAACUCACCGAUGCGACUUUCAGGGUCUCGUCGGUGAAACGGCAAAGAUCUGCAGACCUGCACACACCAGAGUGGCCCAGGACGCUCCAUUCGAAGGAAGCACUGAGUUCAGGGACAGUUUUCAAGCGUGGGCACUCCCAGCACCGCAAGUUCAGAAAGUGGCGGAGUAUGUCCCUCCCGCAGGCACCAUGCAGCUGCAGAGCACCAGCCACCUCGACUAUGUCCCGCAUCAGGCCACGCGUGUGCUUCCCAUCAGGCCCGCUUUUCGUAGGAGAAAUCAUAACUUUCCUUUCCAAGGAAAGAGCACCACGAUGCAUGAUUUCCCAGCAUGGGAAAGCUGCCGUCAGGGACUCAUUAAGCAGGAGCCGCAGAUCCCCAGCCCAUCCGGAAAAUUCGAUGGCCUGAGCACUUUCAGGUCUCACUACGUGCCCCAUGAACUAAUUCCCACCGAGAGCUGCAAACCUGCGUACGCUCCCUUGAAGAGGUCGCUUCCGUUUGAUGACGUCACCAUGUACUCUCUGGAGUAUAUGCCCAAGAAACUGGAGACCUGCCCGGCUAGCUACCCUUCCCCUCCUGGCUACCUGUUUGAAACUACAAAUUCCCGAGGUCAUAAAUUCUUCCGCAAGAUCGCUCCCGCGGUGAAGGCCUUCUAA